AUGACGACUCAGACGACGCGUAUCAAACCGCCGAGAAAUUACGUCGGCGAACUGUUUAAGAAAUCGCAACAACUUGGUGGGACCAAACGCACGCACGAGGUGACGUAUAACACGAACGCUCUGAACGUUAUUCGCGCGUUUUUGCAAAGGACGUCGUGCGUGUCCCCGGACGACCAGACGGUGUAUAAAAUCGAAAUAGUCCCGACGGUGGCGCCUUCGAAAGAUACGAAAAAUGGCUGGCACUUUAGGAAAAGGAAAUUUUGGUCCAGAAACGACGCGCCGAAGUGGUUUUCGAAGCUCCCGUUUAAUGCGGUCGCGAACAGACAAGCGCCGCUGGAAGGGUUGGAGAUGUGCGAGUGGCGCGAGGAGGAGAAGCGAUUGUACACGUACACGAGGAAUAUUAGUUUACGGAAGAUGAUCGUGUGCGAGGAACUCGCGGUGAUUAAAGAGUGUCCGGAGGAUGCGAGUAAAUGCGUGAAAGUGUGCGAAGUGCGUUUUCGAGUGGCGUUUCGAGGACCGUGGUUGUUUGGUCUGCAUAAGAUUGCCGAGCGGUGGGUGGCGAAGCGAUACGAGAGGUUGGUCAAAGAGACGAGUCAAAUGGAAGUGAAUAGAAUCGAGAGUUUGAAGAAGAUGGAAGAAUACGUGCGGGAAAUGCUCGCCGGGACGAAGUGCUCGCCAAGUUUGGAAAAGAUUGAAAAGUUUGUCAGCGCGUGCGAGAGAACGAACUAUUCCAUGGCGAGUUCGUUGGAUUCGAGCGUAAAUCUUUCUUUGAGUCCAGACAAAACUUUUUCGCACGCGAAUAGCGCGAUGAAGAAGAAGAGAGAUAAAGAGGAAGAAAAAGGAGAAGAAGAAAAAAGAGAGAAGCAAGAACACCUGCCGCAAUCUGAAACGCCGCGCAGUAGCCAUGGGACGGAGCACAUGGAACCCGAUUUCUUCGGCAAUGAGGAGGAGGAGGAGGAAGAUGACUUGGAAUAUCAACCGGGCACGGCGUCUUCGUUGCGCUCCUCCUCGGUAUCCGAAUCCAACAAAGAAGAAGACGAGAUAGAAGAAGGAAAAGAGCACAAAAACCAAUCGAUUUCAGAGAAAGCAGAACGCAAUGGCGGCGGCAAAGAAAACCUGACGCCAUCCUCGUCGAAAAAUUAUAACAAAACUCCGGGAAACAAACAACCUCUCCGGUUACUCUUCCAAAACCAAACCUUCAAAAUCGAAAUCGAGAAUAAUAACGGGGCCGACGACGAUACUAAUACUACUAACGUCAAUAAAUAG